AUGGUUUGUUGUGGUAUUGUAUUCCUGGGAUUCAUUGUUGGAUCUUAUUAUGAAAUAAAUUUCUCUUGGGAAGGGCUUAUUUAUGGUAUUGCGUCUAGUGCCUUUGUAGCAUUAUAUGGAAUUUAUGUUAAAAAGACACUUGGUGCAGUUGAUAAUAACCAAUGGCGUCUUCUCCAUUACAAUACAACUUUAUCGAUAUUUUUCCUUUUUCCAUUGGUAUUAUUUGCGGGUGAACUAAAAGAAAUUGUUAAUGUUCACUUUUUAAAUGAUGUGGGUUUCUGGAUAUUGAUGACUAUCACUGGAAUCACCGGUUUUAUCAUCAACAUUGCAAUAUUCUUGCAAAUUAAAGUCACAACACCUUUAACCAACACAAUUUCUGGAACGGCAAAAAGUUGUUUUCAAACUGCGCUUGCUGCUUUUUAUUUCCAAAAUCCAAUUUCUCCUAUG